AGUUGACUGCAGCAACGGGCUUUGCCAUGGAAGUAAAGCGGCGUAAGCCGUUGAAGAUUUGCAACUCAGCGCGAUCAAGAGCACUAGGAAUCGUCGCAGAAAGCCUGAGGGAACUUAAAGAAAUUGCAAGUUCAAAAUUUGGGUUGGUGGCAGCAAAGUGCCGGGUUUGUCUUGAUAGUGAUGGAACUGAGAUCGAAAACGAAGAAUAUUUCAGCUUCCUUGAAGAUCAAACUAAACUCUUGAUUUUAGGUGACGGGGAAAGGUGGACAGAUGGCCUUCAGAGUGGGAAAGAAAAGGAAACUAACACAAAAUCAAGAAAAGGUGAAGUAUUAUCAACUAAGGCAGGAGGAAAAGAGACUGAAGUUACAACAAAUGUUAACAAGUUACUAAAAGUUAGAACAAAUAGGAGCAAUCUUUUUGCAACAAACUUUAUAUCUGACAUGCAAGACUUAGAAAGUGAGAGCAGUGAUGAUGACAUGCCAUUGAUGGAGCGUUUAAGCCAGUCUUUGAGGAGUCAUGGGGAAUUGAGCUCAUUUGUAAAUAAAAGAAAGGCACCAGAGCAGGCCAAGGAGUCCACGCCUCAAGGAGACAAAAUGCAAGUUGAUCAUUUGAUUAGGCGCCAUUCAUUGAAAGGGCAAAGAAGGACUCAUGCAAGUGUGAGUAGCUCGAGGGAAGCUAUUUUAGGUGCAUCGGCUUACAAAAGUUUAUUUACCAUGCCUGAACACUCACGUCCAAGAAGGAAAGAAGCUUUAGAAACAUCUGUAAUUAAAGUGGCUGAGUGGCUCUCUGCAAAUAACAUGUCCUCAACUUCAGGUGCACACAACAGUGAUAGUGAUGAAGGUACCAUUGAUGUAGACGGUGAGAUUGCAGGUGGUUCUGAAGUUUCAGAGGAGAAAAGAGUCGACGAAGAACCAGACACAGCGGCCAUAAAGACAGAUGACGGUGAGGAUCUGGAUAAUGAUGAUGACGAUGAGGACGUAAGCUCUCUUAAUGAAGUUGAAGACAAUGGGAGCAGUGGUUGCCGCAUGGCGGAAGUUUACAGCAAGGAAAAAGCCCCUACCGAGAAAAUGGUGCGCUAUCUUGGGAAAGAUGUCGAGUUGAAAACCUUUCAAGUUAAAAUCUAUAAGCUGCCUGUUUCUGUGGGCAAUGGAAGGCCAAGAGUCGUUGAUGGGCUUCAAAGUCCUAUAAACAGGACGUCUCAGAGUGAAAAUGAAGCCGCUCAGUCGGAUGAGGAAGAAGAAAACGACACAAGUUCGCCACUAUAUUUAACGCCAAUAAAGAAUUUGCCAGAAGGCCAGAUAGUGUGGUUGAAAGAAAAGAACGCAGUCACUAAAACUACAGAGGAACAAGCGAAGAAAGAAGAAGGAAACAAAGAUGUAUUGGAAGUUAAUUUUGUAGGCAAUGAAACAGUGGUUCAACAGCCCAAAAGAUCAAUGUCAAAAGAUUUGGAACUGGAAAUUGUCACACGGGAUGUUAGUAAAAACCAGUCUGAACACAAGGAAGAAAAAAACACGGUUAAAAAGAGAGGGGAAGAAGAUGAAGAUGACUUUCAAGGGAAUGUUUGUCGAGAGAGUAGUAAUGAUGGAGCUGUAGCUUCAAAUGUAAUGGUUGACGAAAAUGUGAAUCAGGAACAAGUUAUAGAAGAUUCCACUGAAAAGGAAGGCGACAAGAAUGAAGAACAGGCCGGAUUGAAAAGGGAUGACAAUCAAUUGACGGAUAUGAUUGAUGGAGAGCGUGCAAACAGACACAUGGAAGGCUCCAAACACAUGCCCGAUGGAGAGGGAGACCAAAAUGUGGAAAAUGGACUCGUCACUCAAAAUUUAAGUGAAAAGGAAUCUUAUAAAGAAUGUGACGAAAUGAGCGUGGAAAAUGUAGAACUUGAAGUUGACCCACAGAACCUUGAUGAACAGACGUCGAAUGUUGAACAUGGGAAAAGUGGAGAUGAAAAUAAGAAUUUCUCUGAUGAAACAGCUAUGAAAUCGUGUGAAGAAUGCGAUGAAGUAGUCUCGCGUAUCGAAUUGGGAGAAGAAAAAGUAGAACUUGGAGUUGUUCCACGGAGCCUUGUUGAAAAUAAGGAAAGAGGAAGUGAAGGAUGUGAAGAUAUGUUAAUUGAAGACGUCAAUACGUUUGUCAGCCAUGAAACAGCUAGGGAGUGUACUAAACUUGGAUUGGAAAAUGAAAAAGAACGGAAAAUCCUGGAAAUUAAUGACGAUACAUUAGUGAAAAAUGUCGCUCGAGAUGAUGUGGAUGGUGACAAUAUGGUAUCGAAUAAAACGGUAGUAGAAGAAGUGGAAACAAUAGAUUCAAAUGAAAAUAUAAAAGAAAACGAAACAAAAAGAAACGAAGGUGUACCAGUAAAAAUUGUUACUCGAGAUUUAAGUGAUUUGGAACCGAUAUCAAGAAAUACAGCUAAAGAAAACGGGGAAGAAGAACUUUCAGCAAAAAAGAUGAGUGAUAAGAACGAGGGAAAACUGGAAAUUAAUGACGAUCGAUUGAUAAUAAAUGUUCAUCAAGAAUGUGUGGGCGACGAAGGAAACGACUCUGAGAAUACCUUCGUAGAGGAAACUGUACGACUUGAAGAGCUCGCAAAGAAACCAAAUGUAAGGAAAAUCAAGCACAAAAAGAAUGAAUGUGAGUCAGUGAAAAAUGCUGCUAGAAAAUGCGUCGAUGAUGAUGCAUCAGUGGCAGCUGAAACAGUCGAAGGAGACGUGGAGUGUGCUUUGGUCACACAGGAUUCUAUUGCAAGUAGCAAACCAAGAAAAAGAAAGAGGAAAAUAUUAGAAUUGAAUGAGGAGGGGCCAGUGGAAAACUCUGUUGAACAGUGUGUAAGUGAUCGAGACAUGGUUUCAACGAAAGCAGAGACAAUUGAUAGAGAACUUGACGUUACACUGGAGUCUGGAGGAGAAAAAUCCGAAGACGUCUUAAUAAGUGCAAAUGGGUCGGUAAAGAAAACAAAGCACAAAAAGAAGCGGAAAGAAAGUAAUGGAUGCGAGGUAGCGAAAAAUGCUGUUAGAAAAUGCGUUGAUGAUGAUGCAUCAGUGGCAGGCGAGACAGUCGAAGGAGACAUGGAGCGUGCUUUGGUCACACAGGAUUCUAUUGCAAAUAGCAAACCAAGAAAAAGAAAAAGGAAAAGAUUAGAAUUGAAUGAGGAGGGGCCCGUGGAAAACUCUGUUGAACAGUGUGUAAGUGAUCGAGACAUGGUUUCAACGAAAGCAGAGACAAUUUAUGGAGAACUUGAUGUUACACAGGAGUCUGGAGGAGAGAAAUCCAAAGAUGUCUUAGAACGUGUAAAUGGGUUGGUAAAUGCAAUUGAUGUAACAACAGCGUUCACGAAAUCGAUUUCAAAAAAUAUGGAACUUGAAUUUGAGCAACAGCAACGUAAUGAAAAGAAAUCUAAACGCAAGAAGAAAAAGAAGAACGAAAACGAGAGAGUGAAAGAAGAUGGAAGCGAGUUUGUGAAAAAUGGUCAUCGAACCAGUUUUGAUAAUGGUUCAAUAGCGUCAAAGGGAGUGGCGGAGGGAACUAUGGCUCAUGAACAAGUCACACAAGAAUCGACUGAAAACAAAGUCGACAGGAAUGAAAACCAGGCAAGAUUGCAGGGAGGUGACGAUAUUUUGGAGAAUAAAGUUAGACGAGAGUCCGUGAAUGUUAAAAUGAAAGUCACAGAGAACAUUUUGAACGCCGGUGCAGAAGACGGAAAUUUGGAACUUGAAUUUGUCACACAAAAGCCUAGUGAAGAGAGAUCGAAACGGAAAAAAAGGAGAUCAAAGAGUAAAGAAGACAUAUCGGUAAAGGGUGAUAUUAAAGAGGAUUCGAGUGAAAAAGUCUCGGUUUCAAGGAAAAUGAUAAAAGAAAUUGUGACACAUGACAUUACCAAGGAGACUUCCAUUGAUGAUGGAUUUGAAUUGAAUGGGAAAACUGAGGAAGAACAGAGAUCCAGUUCGGUAAAUGUCUUUAAAACCCCCAAAUCGUCAGCGGUGGAUAGAGAUGAUUGUUGUGAAGAUGAAAGAGAAGCGAAAGACAAAAAAAGGAAAGAUAGGAAAAGGAAACGUUCUCACGGUAAUGAUGGAGAAGGAAAUCGUUUAGAUCACUUAGAAAAAAAGAAAACAAGGAAAACCGAAGAAAAGAGGAGAAGUCGAGAAAAGACAGGGAAAAGAGAGACUGAAAGGAUACCUGCACUUUUAAAUCUUGAAAAAGCUGAAUCGCUAGAUGACAGUGGCUACAGUGAACACUCACCUACUGUGUUAAAACGGAGUCAUCCACAUUUGGCAGAAGAAGGCGAAUCGGUGACGGAAUCUACUGUAUCCAAAAUCAAGAAAGAAAAAACCAGCGUUGAGGCUCCAGCUGAUCAAGGUCAUGGAAAGAAAAAAUCCAAGGCGUUGUUUUCCCUUUUGGACCUGGCAUUAGAUGAUACUGCGGGCCCGAAGCACCCAAGCACCCCGUCCAAACGUCAAACGCCUGUGAGUGAGGGAAGAUCAUCAAGCCAAAUAAGAAGACACUUUCGAGAUAAGCCUAAAGGAUUUACGCGUGUAGUUCAAAAUCGGAAAAUUUCUACACCGAUUAGGACACCAUUGGCUAUGGCGCGCAGACCGCGGACCGAACCCAAAAAGAAUUUUAACCGAGAAAAAGUAAAGAGCCUGGUACCCAGUAACGUCAGUUUUGAUCAAGCCUUGGAGGAUUACUUGUGGGAAACGUGACAAGAUUGUGCUUCUUGGUUCACGAAACCCAUCGGUUGGCGCAAUCUUUAUGGUGUAGGUGUCUUAUUUAUUUUUGGACUUCGUGGUAGAUAAGCACCCAAAUAACCCGAGCAACUUAAUUCGUUGAAAAGAAUAUUUCAAAAUUUCCUUUUCAGCUUAUCUGCUUUUCAUAGCUGAUACAAGAUGUUCCAGUGCAUAAUCCGAAGACUUAAAUGUGUAUAUAAGUGUAUAAAGAUUUAAAUAUUGUCAGAAAGUCUUGAGAUUCCUGCGAGAAUACGUCUGACACCCCAUUCACACCUAAGCUGAAUCAUGUUUUAACGCUGUUUUUUUUCCAAAUGUAGUUGUAAAUUACUUUCCUCAUAGAAGCUGCUGAAACCGAUGUUUUUCGGCUUCAAAUUCAACACGUUGAAAAUAAAAUUUGAGAACUCUUAGAAACCUAUGGAAAACUCAGUUUUUCAGUUCUUUGUCUCUAAGUUUCUUCAGUUAAACCUGGUUUAACUAAACAUAUUUUGCUGAUGUGAAUGGGGUGUUAUUUCGGUCUCGUCUCUGACCAUGUUUAGAGAUUGCAAAUAGUUGAUUUUAUGUCCAAAAGAACUGCUUUACUGUGUAUAGUGACUUCAAAUUUUGAUAAAAUUUCGGGUUGCGUAGAGAGAACUGUUAGGAACUGAAGGGCCUGUCUGCUUAUAGUUGGAUCUCGUGUCUUACUGUAUAAACAGAUUUAUGUUCCCAUAGAGGUUCUUACUAAUUUUUAUGUUACAUGUUGUAAUUGUGUUCUUUGGAAAUAAAAAGAA